UUAACCGAUAGUUUAUCGAAACAGUCUGGCAGCGCCGUAUUAAAUGCAGGAGCUAUGACAACGGACAAGGACAAAGACAAGCUUAAACAACGUGCCGCAUAUAUAACACGGCGUCGUGGUUCAUCAAAUAGAAUUAACCCACUUGACGAUGCAGCUGCAGGCGGCAUGGGGAAUUGGAAAUCCAGCACCGAUGGACAACGGCAAGUUCAUCGUCGACGCCUGCGUCGUCUGUUAAAGAAUUCCCAGGCCAACGAUAAUGACAUCAGGGGAAUCAUCAAAUCAAAUAAUAUGCCGUGGUCCCUCAAGCGGCAAAGCCAUGCCCUGUUCCUUCUAAUUUCUGCGAUUUGCUUGGGUUGCACUCUGUCGUAUUACAACCAGAGCCUGACAAAAUUCCUGCAGAGCUAUACAAACCAAUAUCAAGAUAUUGUGCAUAACAAGUUGAACUAUUGUGAUGGUUCAUUAGCUUUGGGUGAAAUGUUUACUGAAUUGCGGGGACAUGUUCUUUAUCAGGACAUUGCUUUAAAUCAACUGGAGCGUGUUAUGGCCAACAAUCAAUCAUUUCAGUCGAUUGCCCUGGUGGGCUCAUCAGGAUUGGGCAAAAGUUUAACUGUUCGACUGCUUCGAGAGCUAUUUCCUUGGCGCGAGAAUGUGCACGCGAUAAACUGGCAUUAUCAUAUGGAAGAGGAAAUUGAUACAAUUUGGUCUAAAUUCCAUUUUUCACACUGUGGACGUAAUCUUGUGAUUAUCGAUAAUAUGGCCAUGGGUGAUCAAGAUUUUGUCAAAAUUAUUAACGAGGCUGUGCAGCAGCGUGCCUUGUCCAAUGGCACACCAGAAAAUAGUGCGAAUUCCCAACAUGUGACUAUGAUAUAUGUAUUUAAUAUGAAUCGCAUGAUCCUAUCUAAUCAGGAAUACGACGAACAAUUGAAUCAGCUGCAGCAAGAGCUAUCAGAGCCAACUCAAAUGAUUUCAUAUAGCACGUUUCAGCGUCAUCAUUUGGAGCAGUGCAUCCGUCACGAGGUGAAAAUGAAAGAUUUAAAUUUAUCUGAGAAUUAUAUCGAAGAAAUGCUCAAUACAACAGAUGUUGAGAUUUCAGGCUGUAAGACUGUCUAUGCCAAAGUUCUUAUUUAUGGAACAAAGACUGACAAGGAAUAGAAAAUUACAUUCCACAAAUAACAAAUCUACAUUUAAUUAGACAAAAUGAAGAGAAACUUAAAAUUUUAAUAUGUAGACCAAUGAAUUUAUGUAAAAUGUGUUCUCCUUUGAUAUAUAUACAAAUAUGUAUACCAUAUAUAUCACAGGCAAUACCUAUAUCCAUGACAUUUGUGUAGUAAUAAGCCGAUACUGAUAAUUGUAAUUAAAAAAUAAGUUAUACAAACACACGACAUAUACAAAAACAAAACGAAAUUAAAGCUAAGAUCUUAAGACUUAUAGUA